CCAUUUUCCUUUUGCUUUAUUCCUGAUUUUGGCCACAACAAUGUGCUUAAACUGCUAAAUUUAUAUACAUCUCUGAAACAUGAGCCUGUGCAAAUAUGGACCUCCCAGAGAUUCCGACUCGGAUAGCAGCUACGACGGAUUCUACUUCUCGGAUGAGGUGAAACGCUCGAAACCAGCUCCUUAUGUGGAUCCCGAGCAGAAGCUCUAUGAUGCAGUCCUCGACGGGGAUCUAAAGGCAAUGCAGCAGGAGAUGCGCAGCCUCGUCCUUAAAGUGGAUCAGGCUGUAAGAGGUGGUCUUAACUUACUGAUGCUCGCCUGUCGUGAGGGCCAUUACAACAUUGUUGAAUGGCUGGUAGAAAAGGCAGGGGCCAACGUAAAUAGGCAGCUUGAUUCCAUAAUGCCGCUGAUGAUGGCUUGCAAUAGCAGCCACAAGGAUCCGUAUGUUGCGGAGAGAAUUGUGCGCCUGCUCCACCGUUACGGAGCCGUGAUCAAUGUGUCGGACAAAUACGGAAUGACACCCUUUAUGUUCGCCUGCCAGAAUGGCUUCACCGGCGUUGUGCGUCUCCUCAUCAAGGACGUUAGCUUUGAUGCUGUGGAUAAUCAGGGCUGCACUGCCAUCUUUCACGCCAUUGAGAAGAAUCACGUGGAGGUGGUGAAGCUGUUGAUGGAGGCGAGAGUGAACGCUACAAUAGCCAACAACAAGGGUUACACGCCGACCCAGGUGGCUGAGUGCCAUGGAUACUAUGACCUGCUGGAGAUCCUGCCGCGUCCAGCCUCCACUUACCUGGUGCCGACACACUUCCUGGGCUACAACACGCUAAGAGAUCACAUACCACGCAUCUUUCUUAAAAGCGAUUGCCCGGAAUAUUUUCAGGAACUUAAUGGUAUCCUGCAAGCUAUCAAUGUUGGGAAUAUGGUCCAAUACUUUGCCAUCGCAAGGAUCUCGCUGGCCGAGUUCCUCGUCAUGAAUGAUCAGUCUCUUCGCGAGAUCGGCAUCGAGUAUCCUAUCUUUCGUCACAAGAUAUUGACGGGCAUUCUUGACUUUCAUCUUCAUCAUUGGUGCAAUUCGUCCAUAGCUCGGGUCAAAAAAGAUGACAUGAAUAACUUCUAUGAGAUACUGAUGGUAACAGCAAAUCAUCUGCAGCACUUGAUCAUUAUUCAGGCCUCCCUGCGCUUCAUUUUAAACAAACAGGAGCACAAAAUAAUGGGGCAACCGUCCGAGACGCAGUUGGCUGCGAUAAAAAGCAGUCUUGAGGGGUAUCGAGAUGUUCUUAACCAAAUCACAAACACAGUAAAAUAUCUUGGUUCUUUCAGUCCCUCUCAGAAUCCCCUGUUCAUUGACUUCAAUGAAAUUCUUGCAGAGCGAAAACGCAAAACGGUCCGUAACUACUUCAAGUACACCACCAUCAUCCUUGGAAUCUCAGUUUUUAUUUGCCUUAAGUGCAAGUGGUUCUCAUAGUAUCCGCUGAAAAACAUUCCCUAUAUUAUUUCCAACGUUUACGAAGAACGUUUUUCUAACCGCUCUAAAUUGUCGGAAUUCAUUUGCAAAUCAAAAUAGUUGUAAGUGAAAGUGUUUAGUUUAAGUUUAACUCAAACUUCGUACGAAUCGAAGUUAAUUAAUUGUUAUUUAACAGCAGUUUUCUCGUUACGACAAUAUUUGUUACCACGCAAUGGAAAUAUAUCAAACGUUACCUCAAAACUGAUGAAUUACCUGAAACUGAAACUAAUAUUCAAAUGUAUUAACUAAAGGUUAUGACGAAAACAAUAUAUAUAUAUAUAUA